AUGACUCCCAGCAGAGGCCUCGGGUCUAUACCGGCUUGUGCCGCUAGGCAUAAAUUCUGUUCAAGAGCAGUCCGGCAGCACUCUCGACCGUUCACUGCUUUCGCGCCGUUACAAUCUGGCCACAACCGCUGGUCGAAGAUUAAGCACGACAAAGGCGUGGCAGAUGCCAGAAAGAACCGCCAACGCUCAGCAUUUGCCCAAGAGAUCACCACCGCCUCGAAGCUAUUCGGCCCUGAGCCGUCGAUGAACCCGCGACUGGCCGAUCUUGUUACUAAAGCCAAGAGAGAGGGAUUUGCGAAGGCGUCUAUCGAAGCGGCAAUAGCGCGAGGUCAAGGGAAGAGCACGAGCGGCGCGAAUCUUGAGAGUGUCAUGGUGGAGGGGAUGUUACCGAACAACGUGGCAGUAAUUGUGGAGUGUGAGACAGACUCUAAGCUUAAGACGCUCGCGGAUGUGAGGCUCGCAAUGAAAGAUGCAGGCGGAAGUGCGACACCUUGCUCAUAUCUGUUCGAGAAAAGAGGGAAGGUCGUUCUCGAGCCAAAAGAAGGCAUCGACUUGGAGAGCGCGUUAGAGGCAGCCCUCAAAGUUGAUGUCACAGAUCUCGACGAGGACGAUGAGGGUAACAUCGUGGCCUAUUGUGGUGCAAGCGACACGAAGGCAGUUGGAGAAGGUAUGAGCGCCGCUUUGGGGACUGUAAUUAAAACGAGCGAUAUCGUCUGGAGUCCCAACUUGGAGACACAGGUUGCACUAUCCAGCGAGAACCAGGUAGCCGAGCUGGGCAGCUUCGUGGACAAUCUGCUUGACAAGGAGAACUCUGUCCAAGCAGUAUCGAUGAAUGUCGCCCAAGGGAGCGCGAGUGAGGGGCCUUGGAAGGAACUGCAAAGCCGACUCAGUGCAUGCUGUGCGUGA